AAUUUCUUCUUCACCACCGCUGCGUUGUAAUCUCUCUCUAUAAAGCCUCGUUGCCUCCUAAAUUCUCUCUUGUUCUACACCAUAAAUUCUCACCACCUACAUCCAUAUUAAGUAGAAGAACCAGAACAAGAGCAGGUAUUGCGAGCAGGGUAGAGGGUGAAACGGAGGAUUUGACCCAACCCAUUUGUUCUUCCUCUUUUUCUUCAUCUGGGUCUCAUUGUUUCAUCCCGCUGACGACAAUGAUGGCUAUCGACCAGCACGUGCUCUGGGCCUUCUUUGCCUCCCUGUUCGGCUUCGUUCUUCUCUACUCUCUCCGUCGUUGGAAUUGUAGCAAUGCCAACAAGAAACAGCUCAAGAUGAAGAGUUUUCCGGAAGAAUGCGCGAAACAGAGCUUUAGCAAUGGAGAAUCUCGCCCAUUGGAGGGCUCUGGCACUGACGUUAUCAUCGUCGGCGCCGGUGUAGCGGGUGCCGCCCUCGCUUACACCCUCGGCAAGGACGGAAGACGGGUUCAUGUGAUUGAAAGAGACUUGACAGAGCCAGACCGAAUUGUCGGUGAACUUCUGCAGCCUGGGGGAUACCUAAAACUAAUUGAAUUAGGCCUUGAAGAUUGCGUCGAGGAAAUUGAUGCUCAGCGAGUGGUUGGAUAUGCUCUCUUCAAGGAUGGGAAAAAUGCUAGACUGUCUUACCCUUUGGAAAAGUUUCAUUCAGAUGUGGCUGGAAGGAGCUUCCACAACGGGCGUUUUAUACAAAGGAUGAGAGAAAAAGCUACCACUCUUCCCAAUGUGCAAUUGAAACAAGGUACAGUUACAUCCCUGCUUGAAGGAAAUGGGACCAUUAAGGGGGUUCAGUACAAAACGAAGGAUGGCCAAGAACAUAAAGCUUAUGCUCCUCUUACAAUUGUGUGUGAUGGUUGCUUCUCAAAUCUGCGCCGCUCUCUUUGUAGCCCUAAGGUAGAGGUGCAAUCUUGUUUUGUGGGUUUAGUCUUGGAGAACUGUGAACUUCCAUUUGCAAAUCAUGGACAUGUCAUUUUAGCCGACCCUUCACCCAUCUUGUUUUAUCCAAUCAGUAGUACUGAGGUUCGCUGUUUGGUUGAUGUACCUGGUCAGAAAUUACCUUCUGUUGCUAAUGGCGAAAUGGCCAACUAUUUGAAAACGGCGGUGGCUCCACAGAUUCCAGCUGAGCUUAAGGAGGCCUUCAUAUCUGCAGUUGAUAAAGGAAAUAUUAGAACCAUGCCAAAUAGAAGCAUGCCAGCGGAUCCACUUCCUACUCCCGGAGCCCUUCUAAUGGGUGAUGCUUUCAACAUGCGGCAUCCUCUAACUGGUGGUGGGAUGACUGUGGCACUUUCCGAUAUUGUCAUACUCCGAGAUCUUCUUAAGCCACUGAGUGACCUGAAUGAUGCACCUUCAUUGUCCAAGUAUCUUGAAUCCUUUUACACCUUGCGAAAGCCGGUGGCGUCUACAAUAAAUACUCUGGCUGGUGCCCUCUACAAGGUGUUUUCUUCUUCACCUGAUCAGGCAAGGAAGGAGAUGCGCCAAGCAUGUUUUGACUAUUUAAGCCUUGGAGGCAUAUUUUCAACAGGACCGGUAGCUUUACUCUCUGGUCUAAACCCACGUCCAUUAAAUUUAGUUCUCCAUUUCUUUGCGGUUGCAAUAUAUGGUGUUGGUCGUCUGCUACUACCAUUUCCUUCACCCAAAGGCAUGUGGAUUGGAGCUAGGUUGAUUUCGAGUGCAUCCAGUAUAAUAUUUCCCAUUAUCAAGGCAGAAGGAGUGAGACAGAUGUUCUUCCCUGCAACCGUUUCAGCAUACUAUAGAGCUCCUCCUAUCAAGCAAGACAUCCAAAAGGAUAUGGCAGAGAUCAAGUAGCUGAGGCUUUGUUGCAGUCGAGUAAAAACAGAGUCAUCAGAAGCAAGCAAAUAUAUGUAUACAAACAAAAGGGGGUGGGUAGGGGGAAUUGAUGGAAUUUAAUGUAUCUUGAAUCCUUGAUACUUCCACUAGAUGGCAUGGCAUAAUUGUUUAUACAUUGUGACCGCUAUAAACUGCAGUAACUAUAUGAACAAAAUCAUUCUGUUAGAACUCAAAAUUAUGCAUUUGCUCUUUAACUUAUAGAAAUUCUAAAGAAACUCCUUUAAUAAAGAAAAAAGCAAAUUUCGCCAGAGAAUCUAGAUAACUAUGUUAUGGGGUUUACUAAUGACAAAUAGGAACAAAUUUACUUUCAAACUUA